AUGAACCAACCUUCCCGCGCGGAGAAGUUCGUCCUUCCCGACGGGGUCAGGAAGCUGACUUUCACCCGCGAUACCAAGGUGGCCAACGCGGGCACCUACGUCGUGCAGAAGGAGGACCACACCCUGGGGAACAUCGUGCGAAUGCAACUCCACCGAGAUCCCAACGUCGUCUUCGCGGGCUACCAGGUCCCCCACCCUUCCGACAACCGCAUCGUCAUCAAGGUGCACACCAACAAAAACUCGUCUCCCAUGCAGGCGAUGACCGAAUCCGUGAACUGCCUGUCCGAAGAGGUGAGCCGUUUG